AUGGCAGCUUUUACUCCAAGGAAGAGGAAGCAGCAUUCUUUGAACUGUGACAGUCUAUUAUCAGACAUUCCAUCAAAGAAAUUAAUUUUGGACUUUACUGAAAAUCUGUUUCCAUCACCUGAUAAACAGCACUUUUGUCAAAGCAGUGAUGAAAAUGAAGAAAAGGUGCACUGUUCUCAACAAGACCAUUUAAUUGCAAGUCCACACAAAAUAACUAAAAAAAACAGAUUGUCAUCCACAAAUCAAGGUUCACCCUUUAAAUCUGUUUUGUCCACUGUGUCCUUUUACAACAAAAAUAAGUGGUACCUCAAUCCCCUGGAGAGAAAGCUGAUAAAAGAGAGUAGAUCCACUUGUCUAAAAACUAAUAAUGAAGAUAAAUCUCUUCCCAAUGUGACAGAAAAAAUGCAGGGAAAACCAGUCUGCUCCAAGAAGAGGAACAAAAAGCCGCAGAAGAGUUUAACUGCUAAAUAUCAACCAAAAUAUAAGCACAUCAAGCCUGUAUCAAGGAAUUCUAAAAAUUCCAAGCAAAAUCGAGUGGCCUAUAAGCCAAUUGUGGAGAAAGAGAAUAAUUGUUAUUCAGCUGAAGAUAAUCUGAAUGCUCCUCGGGUUCUAAGCCGAAAAAUAAAACCACAAGUUACACUCCAGGGUGGAGCGGCAUUUUUUGUUAUUAGAAAAAAAUCCUCUCUCAGAAAAUUGUCUCUGGAAAACAAACCACCAUUCACUCAAAAGAAUAAAUCAGAAGUGAUUGAAGAUUCUGAUGUAGAGACUGUUAGUGAAAGAAAAACUUUUGAGACAAGGCAAGUGCCAAAGUGCUUGUUACUAGAAAAGAAAUCGAACACUGAGCUACUGAGUGCCAGAAGUAAAAAUGAAGAGAAAUUAAAGGAUUCAUCAGAUGGAGUAGUUUCUUCAAGUGAAUAUAAACUUGAUAAAAAUGAGCCUUCAGAGGAUUCUUUUUGUGAGAACAAGACAAUUUCAUCCCAGUCCGUUGUCUAUCCCAUCUUCAGUGUAUCUUCAGUCAAUACAAAAAGAUCUCUAGCUGAAGAACAGUCUUCUGUGGGAUCCAUCAUAUGUGCUAACUUCCUGAAACAAAACAAUACACAGAAAAAUACUAAUACCAGAGAUACAAAUAAAGAAACAAAAGACCAACUCAUCAUUAAUGCAGGUCAGAAACAUUUUGGGGCUAUUGUGUGUAGGUCUUGUGGCAUGAUCUAUACUGCUUCCAGCCCUGAAGAUGAAAUGCGGCAUGUUCAGUAUCACCACAGAUUUGUGGAGGGAAUCAAAUAUGCAGGCUGGAAGAAAGAACGUGUAGUAGCAGAGUUUUGGGAUGGGAAAAUCGUCUUGGUCCUGCCAUGCGAUCCAAGUUAUGCUAUCAGAAAGGUAGAAGAUGUCCAAGAACUUGUUGAUAAUGAAUUGGGCUUCCAGCAAGUUGUUCUCAGAUAUCCAAACAAAACCAAAACUUUUCUCUUUAUAUCUGAUGAAAAAAGAGUAGUUGGGUGUUUAAUUGCAGAGCCCAUCAAACAGGCCUUCCGUGUCCUGUCUGAACCAACUGGCCCAGAAUCCCCAAGCUCUAAGGAAUGUAAUAGGGCUUGGCAAUGUUCAAAUGUACCAGAAUCUGCAGUCUGUGGGAUAAGUAGAAUCUGGGUUUUCAGAUUGAAGAGAAGAAAGCGCAUUGCAAGACGACUGGUAGAUACUCUCAGGAAUUGCUUCAUGUUUGGCUGUUUUCUCAGCACUGAUGAAAUAGCAUUUUCUGACCCAACACCAGAUGGCAAGUUAUUUGCAACCAAGUACUGCAACACCCCUAAUUUCCUUGUAUACAAUUUUAAUAGUUAA